GUCAACGAGUUUGGGUGGCUGCUAUAUCUCCGAAGGCAUGAGAGGCAGUCAUUCACUCUCGCCUCUGCGCGGAAGCGUUGGUCUCCGCUCGCUCAAGUGAAAUACAAUACUCUCGCUGACCGUGCGUGGUCGCAUUCCAACGGUGUCUUCUUCAAGACUGUUGGUCGCCGCUGGGGGGAUCAUAUACUCAUAUGCCAUUCACGAUCCAUUUACCGAGGGAUACGCAACCAGAUUCACGUACGAGGGUUCCUAUGCCUUCACUUUUGGUCCCAGGACACUCGAUUGUGACAUCACGAACAUGGUUUUCAUCGAUGACGGUGGGGAAAACCGCAUUGUGAACAUUGGUUUUGACGACGGUUAUGUAGAGCGUAUCGAUCUUCCACCACACGAUAGUUCAAACUUGCGCCAGCGAGUUACGCUGAGACGCGCUCCUGAUAAGGCACUUCACAUCCAUGAACGAGACACGGUCGAGAGCAUGUCCUAUUCUCGGAACAGCUUUUUGUCAUUGUCUUCAUGGGGUUCAGUUGCUCUAACAGACCUAUCGUCUCCUUCUACGACCACUACAACUUUUCACCUGGGCAUUAGGAGCUGGUCGAGCCAUUUGUGUAUGACUGCAUCCACCCCUUACGCUGCUUUCGGCAUCACAUGCACGGCCUCUCCAACUCCCCUCUUUCUCCACUACAUCCUUCCGUCUGGGUUGUCCCCUACUGCUUCGCUGACGCUGCAUUCCCCUCAUCAGCGGCCGUCUGCAGUAUAUGGAAUAACGAGGCCUCCACCAUGCUCACCUCUCGGUGACUCAGAUCAAAUAGUUGUUUCCGGUUGGUACGACGGUGCAGUUCGUGUGCAUGACCUACGUGCACCCGAGCAAGCGACCUCGGCCGCCGGUAGACCCACUUCCCUCAAGCCCGUGCUCACAUUACAAGACCCUUGGUCUCCCGAACCCGUCUACUGCGUAUCCUGUGGCGGUGGAUCGGCUAGUUUUGUCGCCGCAGGCACGGCACGGCACAGCGUCGUCGCUUUUUGGGACGUGCGUCAGCCCACCAAAGGGUGGAGUGUCCAUGCACCGGGGAAUGAUUCGUCGCCCGUCUAUUCGCUCAUCCUAGAGUCGUCCCGGUUAUUCGGAGGUACUCAGAGCCGCUCCUUCGUUUACGAUUUUGGGCCUGGAGUCACGAAGGACACGUACCCUUCAGUCCCUCCUGCAAGCCACAGGGCCAUUGACCGCCACCUUAGGCCCAUGAACGACGGUAUCGACUACUACGUUCUGAAGUACAAUCACAACCGUACAGGUAUACCUAUGUUACGUCCUGAAGUACUCCCCACCACGGGUAUAGUCGUGUAGUUCGUCAAGGUUGGCAUUUUCAGCUUUUU